AUAUAAUCUAGAAGAUAUGGGUUUUCUUACGUAUAGAUUUUGUGUUUGACCCGUGUUUGUGAGAAAACACUUAACUUCCAGAGUUCUGCAUGCUGAGCCAACAUAUUUGAAGGAAUUAAGCCGUUCACAAUUCUUUUGUUCUGGGGUUGCUUGAGUUUAGUGAUGCUGAUAAUGAAGACGGGUCUAAAGUUCGACAGAGUGGUGUUAUUUCUGUGCAUAUUGGUGGUCAUUUUCAGAUUUGGGCUCAGAGAAGUUGAUGCUCAUAAAACUCAUCGAUAUCGCAGAACAAAUUUGCAAGUUGGAACAGAUAGAAUUUUGGUUGAAGCUCAAAAUGAUACAAUAUCUGCAUUGACGAUUAGAACACAAAGAGUCGAUCCUUUGAAUGAUUUGAAGAAGUAUAGAGGAGGAUAUAAUAUUACAAACAAGCAUUAUUGGAGUUCCACAAUAUUUACGGGAAAAUUUGGAUACAUCAUUGCAGCGCUAUGGCUCAUCGCUGGCCUAAUUUACGCUAUAAUUCUACUAGUUACAUCUCUUUGCUGCAACAAGAGAAGGAAAAGAAAAGAGAACAAGAAACUUCUCUGCAGUAGAAAAUACAAUCUCUGGCCUGUUCUCCUCGCAAUUAUUCUCACUCUUCUAGCUAUAGUUGCAUCUGGAGUAGCACUCAGUGGUAGCGUUGGAUUCAACUCGAGAGCCAAAAUAAUCAAGAACAUUAUCCUUGAUGCAGCAAAUAAUGCUUCAGGAACUAUUUAUAGCGUCACAGAUGCUGUCAAGGCAAUGCAAAAUGAUUCACAGAUUUACAGGAGAUUAGAUAGAUCCGGACGGCUUAAUUCUACAUUGCAAAGGCUUGAUGGAGACGCUGAUCGUAUUGAGAGAAAGGCUGGAAAAACUAUGCAUUAUCUCAAUAAGGGUCUUAAAAUUUUGAAUGUGGUGACUAUAGUCACAGUUUCAGUAAACUUGGUUGCUGUUAUUGGAUUACUAGUAUCAGGGCCUUUUCUGAGACUCCGAAGAAUUUUUCAUAUGCUUAUCAUCAUAUGUUGGGUAUUGAUAAUCCUCUUCUGGGUAUAUUUUGGAUUGUACUAUUUUCUGAACAAAUUUGCUGGCGAUACUUGUGCAGCUCUUGAUGAAUUUAGGCAAGAUCCAAGAAACAGCACUCUAAGCUCGAUUCUGCCAUGUAAUGAUCAAACUUCAGCAAAGACAGCUUUGCAUGAUGUUGGAGCAGGAAUCCACAAUAUAGUUGAUCAGGUAAAUGCAAACAUACCAAGCCUGCAAUCAUUAUCACAACAAGGUGUAGAAUACAUCUGCAAUCCAUUCUCAGGGCCACCUGAUUACAAUUACCAGCCAGAGAAUUGUUCUUCCAAUACAAUUCAAAUAGGAAACAUACCCCAAUUACUAAAAGCAUAUUCAUGCUCAAAUGAAACAUGUAAACAAGGAGAAUUCAUAUCAGCUGGCAAUUAUAACAAAGCAGUUGUAUAUACCAGCUCAAUUCAAGAAAUAGUUGAUGCUUAUCCCGGUAUGGAGAGCUUAGUAGACUGCAAGUUGGUAAAGGAUGCAUUUUCAAAGAUUUUGUUCGAAGAAUGCAAACCUUUGAAGAAACACGUGCACAUUGCGUGGGCAGCAUUUGUUGCUCUGUCGACUAUUAUGGUCAUUAUGGUACUUUUAUGGAUUGUUGAAGAUCGUCGUGAGAGUAAAUGUUGUUCUGUUGAUGGAUCUGUGAAGCCUCAUUCGAGCCCGAGACAGAGUUCAGAAGUUGAUGUAAAUGAAAUGGCAUACAGAGAUACUGAAUUUAGACAGGAGGCAUGAAUUUUGAGAUAGAUGAGUUUGUUUUUCACUGUAAAUAAUAUUUCUAGCAGGAGAAGAUACAGGUCUUCCCUUAUACUUGGAGAAUUUUUUUUUCAAGAUUUAAAUAAACGAGAAUGAUUUUUUUAUCUCUUUCUCAUAUGUAGAGAGCUAGAUGAAGUGGCUAACCUGUAAUGAACCUUGAAAUAUUUUUCUUUCAUCACGAAAGA